UAUCUUAAUUGUUGGCUUCAUAUCCUUCCCUUUUCAAUUUGACCGUCAAAUUCUUUGGCCAAGUCGGCAAGAGAACUGGAUCGCAUCUAUAUUACUUCCUAGAUAAUUUAUUGAGAAUAGAUCAUGGGUCUUUAUGAUCACGAGAACUUUUUGCACUGAUGAAUGAUAUUCUGGUUGAUGGGCGUUUGAUAUUUGAUGAAAGUAGAAGAUUAUCAUUGUUUUUCAUUAUGCCUUCGGUAUACUUCAUAGUCUUUCUUGGCAUUUUAUAGGGCUUAAGGGAGAGCAAAUUUGGAAAUCGUCCAUCCCUUUUCCUUUUCUUGAUUUUUUUUUUUUUUUUUUUCAUUCAGAGGGAUGGGAAAUCUCUAGUGUUUAAUGUUGGCGUUAGGAAGCCAUUCUAUUUUCAUCAUAUUGUGAAGGAUGCUUAAUUUACUAUGCGGUACUUGCACUUGGUUGAAAACUUCAAAUUACCAGCUAGCAAAACAAAAUUUGUUCAAAGAAGAGUGAGAUCCUUAGAAUAGACGGCAUGAUUUGUUAGGAGUUAGAAUAGAGGUUAUCUAUCUUUGUUUAACUAGUUCAAGACUAUUGUUUGGCCUUUUUCUAAGUGCAUUUGAGGGAAACGUGUUCAAGGAAUACUUAGUGGAAGUAACACUGCUAGGGCCGCAUCAAAAGAGUUUAUCUAUCUUUCUAAAUAGGGAAUUGCAAAGGUUUUGCUCUUGUAAAGCUAUAAAUCCUGUGUUUUGUUGCUUGUGAGAAAGUGGUAUUAUCUAUCCUUCUUGUACGAACGCACGCUCUCCUUUAGUCAUAUGUUUUACAGUUUUAAUGAUCUUUGCAUACAACUAUAAUUUAGUUCAUAACAUCUACUCCAUUAAAAUUUCACUUGUUUAAUGUAUAGAGACAAAAGGAGAGGGGGAGGGGGUACCACAAAAUUCAUUCUGAAAACAUCCUAAUUUCGUUUUCUGAAAUGCUUAAUGUUUUUUUUCCCCCUAGAAUACCAUUGUGACACAUGCAGUCAAUGUUCUCAGAACACUUUGAAACACGGAGAACAAUUUGGCUCAUCAAUGGCAGUUUUGCAGAAGAUUGUGGGUUUGGGUGGCAUGGAUUGUGGUGCAGCGUUGGACAGUUUGGACGGAUGGGUAUGGCGGUGAUGUGGAUGUGGUCGUGGUUAUGGGAGAGGAAAGUUGACCUAUGCUUUAGACGUGACAGUAUUGAAACCAAUCGAGAGCAAGAUGUGCUGCGAUAUCCAAAGUUUGGAGCAGCUAGCAUGUCAAAAAGAGAGCUAGUUAUUAUAUUUAGGAUUGGGGAACCCUGUCACCUCAACUCUGCGUGGGAGAUACCAAAAGUCAACCUUACGAAUGCUCAAAAACCAAAGCGUUCGUUAUGGACAUCUGGGAUUGUGAUCACAUGCGUCAAACGAUUGGAGAACAAGCAACCAGUUUACCGCAGGCCACAAGGAACCUGUCUGAUUGCCGGAGUAACCCAUUUUGGAAUGGAGGAUCUCUCCUUCUUGAAUAUGAUGCACAGAUGGUGUGGGCUCCAUGGAUAACGGCGAUGGGACCAAGCUGCUAGAUUCUCAUUAUCCCUUUGGGAAGGAGUCUCUAGCCAAGCACCGCAUUGAGGAUGGUUUCUAAGUUUUGAUUGGUAGAUGGAGACAGGUUAUGCUGAAGGAGGGUGCAAUAGCUUCCAACAACCCAAUGUGAGUGUGCAUGCUCUCUAAGCUUCUUGAGGAGGCCAAACUUAUUUCACUGGAUGUACAUAUCUUGCUAAAGGAAAAAUUCUUUUUUCUUUUUUCGAAUGAUGAUAUGGUGAAUCCUUAUUGGCAAGGUUGACAACCUACACAUGUUCAUGUACCUAUUAUCACUCUUCAUCUCAUUCAUUCUCUUAGUUUACUUUUUUUUUU